AAUCAAAUUUGACGCCACUUAUUGAUUGCAGGCUUCAAUGUUGUACGCCUAACUCGGUCCUCAAAUGUCCUAGUACGGUCAGGAAUGGGGAGACUCAGCCCUCCUUCUUGAAAUGCUCUCACAUGGCCACGUGCAUACAAUCACUGCCUGGAAAGUCCUACUCACUGCCUUCUUGCGCCAGGGGUGUUAUUUACGAAAUUGAGGAGACAAAAAGCGAAUGUCCGGUGCUUUAACCGGGUUGGUGGACACGGAGAGUCCACCUAGGGGAUAUGGAAAACCCUGAUUCCAAAACAAUAGUGCAUAUGGGCUCCAGCAUCUAGAAGGAACAAAUGGCAUAUAAACCAAUCGUUGGUCACCGGCUACCAUGGGACUGCAUCUUCUGACGUUGCUCCACUGCCUUGUCGAUCAGACUUCCAGAUCGAAGGCUCCGGGUGUGGUUCCCUAAGAGAACUACCUGCCCCGGCUUGGUCACCCGGUCGGUAUCCCAGCCCUCACACAAAUCGACUAAUUUAUUUGGCGCCUAUCUAUAUGGUGCCUCCUUGUACCAAUGUUUUUGUGUUUAAAUAAAUAAAAUCUCAGCUACUUUUUGGGGAACACACUUUUCUUUAGUAACAUUUCAUCUAGUUCACAAAAUUCCAACCAGAUAUUUGCUCUUUUUAUAUUAUUUAAAUAGGCUUAUGUAUAAUUAUUAGAAUAAGGUCCGUCUUAUCUUACUCAACUUGGCUAUAACGUCUACAUCUACAUUUUAAUUUGAAUAUAGGAUUCAAUAAUUUUGUCUAUUAUUGUUUUCUAAUUCGUUAGGCAAAACGCUUAAUAUAUAAAAAUUAAAUCACAAGGUUAUUUCGAAGUACUUGAAUCGAGUAGAAUAGUUGGGUGUAAGACGUUUUUAUAUUUCUCCAAGUUUUCUUUACUGCCUUUGGUUACAAAACCAGUCAAACUUCUUCAUUUGAUAUCAAUAAAAGGUUUUCUGUAUUGAUAAUCGUCUGUAUAGUUAUAUGUAAUAAUAGUGCACUGAGCUGCUGUCCAGGUUUUGUAACAAUUACACGACAGGAUAGAUUGCAUUGCUCUCAGUAUAAAGCUCAUAGCUGCAGUUGGUUUACACCAACUUUAUUGCAUAUGAUCGGUUAACAUAUACAUAAUGUAAGUAUAUAAUAUGUACAUGAAACCUCGAUUAAAAUGUUUACUCUUGAUUGACGAACCUCCGGUGUUAGAUAAUUACAAUUAAUCAUUUAAACCACGUGUAUGGAAGACGAGUAUUCUUUCCAAUAAAUUCUUUUCAGACUCCACAGUUAUUUCAAAUUGAUAAUCUGAAAGUGGUCAGAUUUAAGGCAAGUUUUUCGUGUUAGGAUGACUAAUUUGAAGUAUAGACUUGACUUUUCUAGUUUUUUUUUAGAUAGUUUUAGUGUUACUGACUUAUUAUGAGACUGUUUUCUUGUAAAAAUUUCAUUCUUUACGACUCAGAAUAAUCAAAUUCAAUGCUCAUACACAAAACAUUGAGAUUAUUCCAUUGCACUAAGUGUUUCACUCGUCGAAAGAGUGUAUAUACUACGACGCUAAAUAAUCCGAGAUUCCAGUUUACCAUACAUUCGAAACCUAUUGAAUCGGUAGCUAUUAAUGUACGUUGUCUCUUUAAAAUGAUGUUUCUCCAAGACUAAGUGGAAUCAAUUUUAUAAUCAUCAACUGAAAAAUGCUGCUCAGCAUAAAUUUAUUCUUCACGAUGGUCCACCUUAUGCCAAUGGUGAGUUGCAUGCUGGGCAUGCACUGAAUAAAGUACUAAAAGAUGUCCUUCUUCGCCUCAAACUUCUUUCUGGUCACUCGGUUGAGUAUAUUCCUGGUUGGGAUUGUCACGGUUUACCAAUCGAACUCAAGGCCGUAGAAAAUCUAAACAUAUCAUCUCCAGAGGAAACGCGAGUGUUAGCUUCACUACUAGCCGAGAAGUUUGUUAGAACCCAAAAAAAAUCUUUUCAAGAUUGGGGUAUUAUAGGAUCAUGGACUGGAUGCUAUUCUACAAUGGAUAAAUGUUUUGAGGCCGUUGAACUUAAAGCAUUUUCAGAUUUACAUUCCAAGGGUUUUAUUUUUCGAGGGUCCCUACCUGUCUAUUGGUCCACAUGUACAAAGUCUGCUAUAGCUGAAUCAGAACUGGAAUAUAAUCUUAAACAUAAAAGUUGCUCCGUUUAUCUGAAAGUCAUUUUAACGAAAUAUAACAACCGUCUAAGAAAAUAUGUUAGCAAGGAUUCUAAUCUGUAUGCUGUAAUUUGGACCACCAAUCCAUGGACUAUAUUUUCUAACGAAGCUAUAGCAUAUGACUUAAAUGCUACUUACGUUCUUCUACGAUGUCAAGCGUCACGGGAGGUCUACUUAGUCAGCAAGAAUUUCUCGGAUCACUUGAUAUCUCUUUUACCGGGAGCAGGAUUACACAAAGUUGAUGAACUAAUAGGUAAUGACCUUCAUGGUUGUUUUUAUUACCAUCCAACCCGUGUUUCCUGUGAAGUGCCGUUUUUGCCUAGCUCUCAUGUUUGUGAGUCUGUCGGUACUGGUUUGGUUCAUAUAGCUCCUUGUCAUGGGAAGGAGGACUUCGAAUUGGCAAAAAAAUAUGAUUUACCAUUGAACUUGUUUGUCGAUGAAUCUGGUUGUUUCACUCAGGAAAUCGGUUCGGGAUUAGCGGGUCUCAGCGUAUUGGAUGAAGGAAAUGCUUCAGUAAUGAAAUUACUUGAACCAAUCACUAUACACAAAGAAGUUAUAUCUCACAGCUAUCCUUACGAUUGGCGUACGCAGAAGCCUGUUGUUAUCCGACUCUCAAAUCAGUGGUUUGUUGAUACAGAAAAGAUAUCGCAUUUUGCUUUGGAAGAAUAUAAAAAAGUUAAUGUUAUUCCUGCUUCUCAUAAGCAUUCUAUGCUUCCAUUCAUAUCUCAAAGACCAAAUUGGUGUAUAUCACGUCAACGAGCUUGGGGUGUUCCAAUUCCCGUACUUUUGAGAAGAAGUGACAAUUCCCCAAUCGUAGAUUAUGAUUUAAUUGACCAUAUUAGUAGCCGUGUGGCCUCCGAAGGUAGUGAUUUUUGGUUUACCGAAACAUGUGAUCAACUUAUCCCUGAAAUAUUUUGGAAAAAGUGGUCUCUUGCAAGUCACGACGUAUAUAAAAGUACAGAAGUAUUUGAUGUUUGGUUCGAUAGUGGUCUUUCAUGGUUGUGUGUUAUAAAUAGCAGUAAUUAUUCACGCUUACCUUGCUCAAAUCUUGUUGCAGAUACGUAUUUGGAAGGUCAUGAUCAAUUUCGUGGUUGGUUUUCAGCUUCACUUUUACUUAGCACUGCACUUACUGGACGUGCACCUUUUAAAAAUCUUGUAAUACAUGGUUUUGCUGCAGAUUCGUGUGGUCGUAAAAUGUCGAAAUCUUUAGGAAAUGGUAUUACUCCAAAAGAAAUAAUUUCUAGUCAAAAUGGAUGUGUUGACAUAAUGCGUCGAUGGGCAUGUUUUUCUGGUUUAGAUCCUAUAUGUCAUUUAGGUUCUAAGGAAAUCAAUCAAAAUGCUGCUAGUUAUAAAUCUCUACGCAACAGUCUACGCUUUAUGACUGGAAAUUUAUACGACUUUUGUCCAGUUACCCAGCUAAAUUAUAAUGAAAAAUCAAAUUAUUCACUGUCUAAAUUAACUUUGGACAUGGCAAACAAUGUUAGUGAAAAUAAUUGCAAUUCUUUUUGUCUUACUGCAUUGGAUAAAGCUGUUCUCUAUUCGCUUUCAACCAUUAUUUCAAAUUCAUUGAAUACCUACUAUCCACAAUUUCGAUAUAAUACAAUUCUAGCUGAAAUUGAUCAAUUUUUAUCGUAUUUAUCAUCUGUAUAUAUAACUUCAGUUAAAGACAGAUUAUACUUCAAUAGUCCAGAUGAUCCAUCGCGACGUAAUACACAGACGGUGUUUUGGUUAACUGUUGAAUGUCUAAAAGCUCUUUUAGCACCAAUUUUACCUUAUUUAAUGGAAGAAGUGGAGUCGGUAACUUGGAAUCUUUUGUCAUCUCAAUUAAAUGACUUUAAUCAGUCCACAACUCUUCUGGAACGUUAUUCAUCUUUAUCCUUGCAUAAUUAUUGUUCUGUAGACAAGUCUAGACCGUGUUCAGAUUGGACGUUAUGCUUAUCGGCUAUGAACCGGUGGGAUAAGUUUAAAAAUUAUUCAAAUUACGUAAAUACUGCUUCUUCAUUGUUUCAUUCUUUAACCAAUUCACUGCCAAAAGGUGAUGAACAUAUACCUUCUACUAGUCCCUUGUCAAGUGCUAAUGUACAUAUCACUAUACCAACAAAAAGUCAAGAAGUAUAUCACAUGUUAAAAGCUCUUCAUCCGUUGGAAUCAUGUGUUUCUGUAUCAUCAGAUUUGUGUUAUAUACUUCGGGCAUCUUCAAUUUCGUGGUCAUGUGGUUCAUACGAAGAUAAAGUUACUGACACAGUAGGAUAUUAUCAUUUCAAUUUAAACGAUAUGCAAGUGUCAGUAACAUUUCCUUUGGGAAAUCAGACAGUCAAAUGUCAGCGUUGUAAUAGGCACACGAAUAACAAUUUUAAAGAUAACUUAUGUCCCCGUUGUAUACAGGUAUUAGAUGGUUCUUCAUUUGCAAAACACUAGUCAAAUCCUUGUAAAUUACUUGUUUUUCUAGUUGUAUUACAAAAAUAAGAUAAAUAGUCUUGCUUAUUUUGUUUCAUUUAAAAUAUCUUGUUUUCUAUUUAAAACUCAGACUGAUUGAUACGUUGGCUAGUUUAUCAUUUAAAUGUAAAUACUUCGUUGUUCAUAGUUGAAUAUUUAAAUUCAUCAGAAUAUGUGACAUUUUGAAUCCCAGUUUAUAAACCUAGAUUCAGCUAACUGAAAUUAUAAGCAGUUUGUAGUGUUAAUAUUUAAACAAUCUCAUUCGUUUAAAUGUUUUCAUCCUUUUUUUGACUAUACACUUACAAGAUUUUUUCCACGCCUUUGUGAUAAACUGUUGAGUGUAUAAUAUUAUACAUCAGUGGAUAUUAUGA